AUGUGGAGUUGCCCCCAAAAUAAAUUACCUCAUGAAAUUCAGCAGACAGUCAGCAACUUUCUAGUCAACAGUUCAAGAAUAUUCCCCAACAAGGGUCUAAUAACUAGCCGUAGUCCUAGUUUAUUUGGUGACCACCUCAGGGGAGCAGUCUAUAGCACUGAUGACAAAUGGAUCCUUGCCGACAGGACUAAGGAUCUGCUCGUGUCUAAUGCUACUGUCAGCCGCCAAUGGAUCCGUAGCUACGAUGGUUUUCGGGAGAAAAAUGAAGUAUCCGUCGGAACCAAUGUCGCCAAUGGACUUGUCUUCGUCUGUCGCAUUCGUUGCGCUGAGGGCGUCUGCAUUGGAACACUUUACCCGAAGAACCCUUCGAAGAAAAGGUGCAUCCUCAAAUACGAUAACCUCCAACUCCGUGCAUCCGACGAGUACGAGAUACUGGUCAGACAACGCCAAGUGGCUCCGUUCAUGGCAUUCGCUCUGUAG